CUGCCACCUCUGCACCACCGCUGUUGCCAUUCCUGCUGUGGACAACCCCAGUCUAUCCCCAACCCACCGCGAGAAAGCACUCUGCUCAUUUACACCGCUCUAACAGCUCCACCACCGGAUAUAGGUUAUGCGCAGAGCGAAAACGCAGCAACAGGAGACAAGACAACGACAAUGAGGCGAGGAAUAUUGGCACCGUUGACUCGGUGUGGACACGCACGGACUUGGUUGAUGUUUUGGCAAGCGUUUUAUGCGGUAAAAAGAAGGAAGUAGCCCGCAGAGUUAUCAGAAGGGGGAGAUAUGGUUAGGACGGCAAACGGGAUGUCGGUCCACGCAUCCUAAGAGUGGCUGCUGUUGAAAGAGAGCUUGUCCAAAAGGCGUAGAGCUCCUAAAAUGCCUAUACCCCAGGGCGCGCUCCUUUGCCUCGGGCUGGUGCUGACAACAGUGGGGGUGGUUGUAACUAUCUUUUUGGGUUUGACCGGACCAGUUCCCCUGUUCGGGCUUGGGGUGUGUUUAUCAUUAGGGGGUGUUGGGAUUUUGGGGGCGGGCUUCUGUAGAGCCAUGAAGAAGCACCUGGUACCGGGCGUCCCGGGACACUUUCUUCUGCACCCGCGGACUGGCACGCGCUUCAGCCCUCAGCAGGGUUUGGCCAUACAAAGGAGGUUGGACCGUAUCCGACGAGAAAUGUCAUCGGAUUCAGUCAGCAGAGGACCCGAACCUGACCCUCCACUCCCCUCCACACCUCCACCUUGGACCAUGGAACCACCACCCUCCUAUGAUACUGUGAUGAAGAGCCAGGGUCACAGCCAGGAGCAUAGCCAUGAGCAUAGGCGGGAGCAUAACCAUGAGCACAGGCAGGAGCAUAGCCAUGAGCACAGGCAGGAGCAUAGCCAUGAGCACAGGCAGGACCCCAACCGGGAGCAAAUCCAGGAGGAGAGCUGGAGGAACAACGAGGAAGAGAGCUGGGCAAACAGAGAGGAGGAGAGCUGGGUGAACAGAGAUGGGUGGAGUGAACAGCUGAAUGACUGCAGUACUGUUGCGGAGGACUCUAAUCAGUGUUAGUGCCUUUGCCUCUGCCAGCAUGGACUCAAAAUGCUGAUGGAAUGAAAUGAAUAGUUACAGUAUUUUGUAAAAGUGGUUACAUCACAUGCAUUUGCACAGUCUGCAGUGGUCUAUGCAGGUGCACAAAAUCAGACAGGUUUAGAAAACAUCUAUUUUAAAAAUUCAUAUAAGCAUCUUUCGCCAGUGAAGAAGGUUGCAUGAAAUCAUUUGACCUAAUUGAGGGAUUUUAUCUUCUGCCUCAGGAACAUCCUCCUAUUCUUUGCCGUGAUUUGAAACAAUGUUUUGUGUAGAUGUCCUUCCUGUUGCAAACUUCUCAGUUUAUUUGGGCUUUAAACUGGUGCAGCAAAUUCACAGUUUGUAACAGCCAUGUUACACACUGGUUUGUCCCUUGAAUACUAGAAUACUUUUUUAUUUGAUGUCUGCAUUA